AUGGAACCAAACGAGGAGCUGGAAGAGGAGGACUCUCCAGGCGGCCAAGAAGAUGGCUUCACUGCUGAGCACCUGGCUGCAGAGGCCUUGGCAGCCGACAUGGAUCCCUGGCUGGUAUUUGAUUCCCGUACUACACCUGCCUCAGAGCUGGAUGCCUGGUUGGCCAAGUACCCACCAUCUCAAGUUACUCGCUAUGGGGACCCAGGUUCACCCAACUCUGAACCUGUGGGCUGGAUUGCAGCCUAUGGGCAGGGUUACACCCCCAACUCAGGGGAUGUCCAAGGGCUGCAGGCAGCCUGGGAGACUCUGCAGGCCAGUGGGCGGCCCAUCACACCAGGUACCCUGCGCCAGCUGGCCAUCACCCACCGCGUGCUCUCUGGCAAGUGGCUGAUUCACCUGGCACCUGGCUUCAAGCUGGACCAUGCCUGGGCUGGCAUUGCCAGGGCUGUAGUUGAGGGCCGUCUUCAGGUGGCCAAGGUGAGCCCACGGGCCAAGGAGGGUGGGCGCCAGGUCAUCUGUGUUUACACGGACGACUUCACGGACACAGAUUCUGCCAUCCGUGCUGCAGGCGUUAAGUGCUUGCUCACUUACAAACCUGAUGUCUACACCUACCUGGGCAUCUACCGAGCCAACCGCUGGCACCUCUGUCCCACUCUCUAUGCGAGCCGUUUCCAGCUUGGAGGCAAUGCUCGUGGCUCUCGAGUGUUGGACCGUGCCAACAAUGUAGAACUGACCUAG